CCCACCCGCGGCGCUGCUAAGAUGCACCUUGGCCGCUUCGCUGUGGCUGCUGAGGAGCGCUGACAUAUUCCUCCUCCUCCUCCUCCUCUCUCCGCCCUCCUCUUCCUCGUCCACCGACCUCACCAUGGACAGCUUCGACCUGGCGCUCCUGCAGGAAUGGGACCUGGACUCUCUCUGUGUCUAUGAUCCUGACAGAAAUAUACUGCGCAGAAAAGAAUGGGAAAGGAGAAACCAGGAGGCCCAGCACGAAGAUGGCAUGUUUAACACCAGUUAUUCCCUCUUCAGUGAACCAUACAAGACUAACAAGGGAGAUGAACUCUCAAGCCGUAUUCAGAAUACACUAGGCAACUAUGAUGAGAUGAAAGAGUUAUUGACAGACAGAUCUAAUCAAAGCCACCUUGUUGGUGUUCCAAAGCCCUGCAUGUCACAAACAUCUGCGAACAAAGCUGAGGAACAUUUUGUCGCUGACACGAAAUCCCAUCCUCAAGCUUCCAUCUGCAGUCCACCAUCUUCCUUAUCGGUGACACUUUCUGGACAGCUGAGCAAGAGCACUGCAAUGGGUUGGCAGAACUCUGGACUCAGUUUGGAGAGCCAGCAAAGAGGUAGCAAACAUAGGCCUGGACUGCCUGAUUUACAUAAUAACGACUUCAAAACUAUUCAAAACAACAAUCUGGAAAAGACAAAACUUUAUGCAUCCAGCCCCUCAUCACCAUCCUCAUCCAGUGCCACACAAGUUCCAUUAUCGUCCACAUUGAUAGACAGCCUCCUAACACAACAGCAACCAAAGCUGAGUUGUGGUGCAGAUGUUGGAGUCCAGGCUCAAGAGAGACCACCAAUGCAUAACAAUGGACAUUGUGUGCAGAACUUUCCUCCUUCACUUGCUUCAAAGCCCAGUAUAGUUCAGCAGAAGCCAACUGCUUACGUAAGGCCAAUGGAUGGUCAAGAUCAAACUCCUGAUGAAUCUCCAAGGCUCAAGGCACCAGCUGAAACUAGCAUGGUCUGCACCUCAUAUAAAGGGAUACUUUCUACAAGGACCAAGUCAAAAUUGACAAAAUGUAGUAUCUCCAAGCAAGAAGAAGACAAUGGAACAGGAGAUGACAGUUGUGUUGAAGACAUUUUACGGGAAAUGACCCAUACUUGGCCUCCCCCACUGUCUGCUAUUCAUACACCAGGCAAAGUGGAACAAAGCAACUUUCCAUUCACGAACAAGGACUCACAGUAUGCCUCUACAGAACACAGCAAUCAAAGAAAAGGUGACAUUGAACCAAAGAAUCCAGAAAACAAUGCAUCACAUACAUCAAUGUUAGAAGAUGACCUCAAGUUAAGCAGUGAUGAAGAAGAAAAUGACCAGCAGGCAGCACAGAGAUCUGCUCUCCGGGUUCUGUCUGACAGCACUGCCGUGCAGCAGUCUAGCUGCAGAAUCUUGGGGGCCUCCAGUAAGUGCUCAAGCAGCAGUUCCAGCGAAUCUGAGAGCAGCUCAGAAUCAGAUUCAGAGAGUGAAAGCAGUUCUGCCGAGAGUGACAGCAACAAGCCAUCACACUAUUCCAGCCCAGAGCCUGAACAGCCAUCAUCAAACAAGUGGCAGCUGGAUAAAUGGUUAAAUAAAGUUAAUCCUCAUAAAGCACCUAUUUUGAACCACCAUGGACUGGACACCUUUCACUAUUACAGCAAAGUAAAAGAUGAAGGGCAAGACAGUGAAAGUAUACCAGCUGCAUGCCUAACCAGUCUCCGAGAGAAAGAGGUUAAGAAUCCCAGCAAAGAGGAAUUGAGUCCAAGAACAGCUAAUAAAGCUGCAGGCCACAGAGGUGGAAGGCAAAAAACACCCUCUGUAACAGCUGCAGUUUCUGUAGACAGUGGUCCUCUGAGAAGGACAGCAUGUAAAAAACAGCCCAGAAGGAUAGAGAGGACCUCUGGUGGUGAUAACCUAAACAGCCAUACAGCUGAUGAUCUAGACUUGGACCAUAUACUUUUGGAAAAUAAUAGCUUAUGUGAACAACCGAAACCUAGGCCCUGUAACAGCAAAGGAGAGCACAGAAAGGAAACACGAUGCAUCAGUGCCUGUGAAAAGAGGCGUACGAGAGGGGCAGGUAAGACAGCGCCCAAAUCGAAGGAGUUCAUUGAGACAGAAUCCUCCUCUUCAACUUCUUCAGAUAUAGAUUCUCAGUCUGAGCAAGAGGAAUAUCCUUUCCACAAGUCUCAAACAGUGAUCUCAGCACCCACUGGAAGUGACCAGAAACAGAAGGAUUCUGGGAGUAAUAAUGCCAGCAAAGGAAAUGACCGUGGCACGUUUGGUUCAGUGAACACCAGGACUACUCACGAUAUUGCAAAGGAUCUGGAAGAACAAUUCUACACGCUUGUACCAUUUGGCAGGAAUGAACUCCUGUCUCCUCUGAAGGACACAGAUGAAAUAAGAGCACUUUGGGUCAAAAUUGAUUUGACUCUUCUGUCCAGAAUUCCACAACGCUCGCCUGAAGAUCCACCGCUCAUUAAUGCUGGCAUUAAAGAAGUGGUCAGUAUGCAACAUAACAUAGUCCCUGAUGCACCAACAGAAAAGGUUGUCCCCAAAACGAGAAGGAAACGUAAGUAUGACAAUGAGGAUGAGAACAGGGAGAGCAAGAAGAUUCACACUGAGCAACAGUGUUCUUCACAUUUCCUUGCCUCAGCCCAAAUCAUUUCCACACCAAAUGAUUGCAACAUGGUAAAAAACAGCUUGACAACACCAAUAAACAACAAUGAGAAAAUACUCCCGUCACCUGCCACACCUCUCUCUGAUGCAUCAAAACACAAAUUCGUGAGUGAUGAUUUAACUUCUGCCAGCAAGCGUAAUAGUGGCAAUCUUUUAUCUUCCAUAUCUUCAAGCAAAAAAAGCAAGAGUGAGGCCCAAUCUUACCUUCACCCAGAUUUUAGUAAAGCAGCAUACAUUAACUCAGAAAACACUGCAUUGUGCAGCAAGACAACGUGCCAAAAAGAGCCUUGGUCACCUGUACCCACUAUGCACAAAGAAUGUAGAAGAACAAAGGUCCUCUUCAAUGAUGGGCCACAAAAUAUAGAUUAUUUUAUGCAAGAAGCUAAAAGAAAGAAGCAUAAAGCAGAUGCAAUGGUGGAGAAAUUUGGCAAGGCAUUGAAUUAUGUUGAAGCUGCAUUAUGUUUUAUUGAAUGUGGAAAUGCAAUGGAACAAGGACCCAUGGAAUCAAAAUCACCAUACACGAUGUAUUCAGAAACUGUGGAACUCAUCAGGUAUGCAGUGAGACUAAAAACCCACUCAGGCCCCAAUGGUUCUCAAGAAGAAAAACAAUUAGCUGCAUUAUGUUAUCGCUGUUUGGCCCUUCUAUAUUGGAGAAUGUUUCGACUCAAAAGAGACCAUGCUGUAAAAUAUUCAAAAGCUCUCAUUGAAUACUUCAAGAGCUCAUCUAAAGUUGCUCAGGCACCAUCUCCAUGGGGUGCUAGUGGAAAGUAUACAGGGACACCCUCUCCAAUCUCCCCUAGCCCAUCUCCUGUGAGUUCUGUUGGGUCUCAGGGCAGCACUGGAGCCCCUUCCCCCUCCUCCAUUGUCAGCAUUCCACAGCGAAUUCACCAGAUGGCAGCCAAUCAUGUUAGUAUCACUAACAGCAUCUUACACAGUUAUGACUACUGGGAAAUGGCUGACAAUCUUGCCAAGGAGAACCAAGAUUUCUUCAAUGAUUUAGAUGCCCUGAUGGGACCUGUCACCUUGCACAGCAAUAUGGAGCACUUGGUUCAAUACACACAACAAGGACUCCACUGGAUAAGGAGUACUGCUCAGUUCUCAUAAUAAUUAUCUGGACAGUAGAUUCUCCCACAGCUAAUUCAGUUAUUCUAGACACUGUGCUACAGAAAUACGCAACUGCAGCAUUGCUUCAAACAAAUGUGAAUAUUUCUUUAACACUGAAAAAAAAUUUUUUUUCAGAAUUCAAACAUUGGUGUGUCCGUUGAUUAUGCAAUGUGUGUCUCUUCUGAUACGUUAUAUUUUAAUGGUCUCCAAAUAUCACUUUCGUUACUGUAAAGACAAAAGUUUAAAUAUAGGUGUGUUAGAAAAUGGUCUCCAAAUAUCACUUUUGUUACUGUAAAGACAAAGGUUUAAAUAUAGGUGUGUUAGAACAAAUUCUUUGUCUCUCUCACUCACUUACACACACACAUACACACACACACACACAGAGAGAGAGAGAGAGAGAGAGAGAGAGAGAGAGAGAGAGGAGAGUCCUCCACUAUGUUGCAGUCUAACCCUGUAUGUUUAAUUCAGAAGAUCAUUUUGUACUCUGCUUUUAAAUACAUCCAUAUAUGUGGGCUGAACUUUUCUGAAGCAAAUUGUUGUCUCACUGAUAAAUUUUUCGGUAUCAAUUCAUAAAGCACAUAUGUUCUAUGCUUUACAUUUUGACCUGGAUCUUGGGGGCCAUAUUGGGCAGGAUACUUUUCCUAGUGGAAGCUGCUUUCACCAGCAAAAUCAGGACAGUUCAUCCCCCACUCUCCUGCUGCUUCCCAUGUACCCUAAAAUCGGCUCCAUAGAAUCCUCUGUAGAGCUGUGAUGGAGGGACAGGAGAGGGAUAUGUCCUAAUGCUAGAGCUAGCCCCAAGCUAGUCCUGUUUUAUGAAACAAUCAUCUGGGUGCCAAUAAUCUGCAUGUACAAUGACCCCAUUCUUCCCACCAUCCUCAGGAGUGGCCAGGCUCUGUAAUAAAUCUGGUGUGGUGUAACAAUAAGGGGUUUCAUCCCACUUAUGAAGCCUGGAUACAGUAUUUUACAUGCAAAACUGGGGGCGGGGGGGGAAAUAAUGCAGCGUUAAGAUGUGAUAUUUGUACUUAUAACCCAGACAUGUUUUUUAUCUUUAAUGAGUGAAACUGCAGUCAACUAUGUUUUUAAAAAUUUAGAGCCAUGGGGAACAAGUCACCAGUUGAAGAUUCUCAUGAGCCACAAAAUAUGGAACAGUUGAAAGAGAGAGGUUUUAUGUUCCCAAAAGCAAGAUUACAUGUAAUAUGUAAGAUUUAUUUUUGAAAGUGUCUGUUCUUUUAUAUAAUACCAUUUUACAUAUAUGCAUAUAUGAAGCAAAUACUCUUUGAAAAUGGUAAAGAGGUUCAAGAGAUAACACAGAAUGAAAAAGGGAUUUGAGAAGUGUUUAUCUGAAUAACAUUUAAAAACAAAUUACGGCUCAUUCAGCCAAGAAAAAUAAAUCUACAAGAUAAGUAGACAAAUAUUUUAAUAGGCAUUUUAACAAUGUAGCUUGUUUGUGUAGGGGUUUUUUUUAUCUUGAUUGUAUCUAGUAAUUGCAUUCAGUUAUAUUUAUCUGGAAAGCAAAAUUUGCUGUUUUCUGCACUGGAGCAAUAUAUUUUCAUUCUCUUCUUCCUUCUUUUUUGAAU